UAGGCGCGGUGGUAGCAACAACCUGCCGCGCUAGUCCGCGUCCCGUUAUCACUGCAGCGAUAGCGCGCGAUAAUCCGCCAUUGCACAACUUUUGUAUCUCGGCGUGCAGUAACCAAUGCGCUUCAUUAAGUAUCGCUCGUAAAAAACGCGCACGCCACAGUUUAUAGAUCGGUUUUUCUGUUCCUAGAGCUCUUAGACUUGGCUCAGUGCUCAACCCGGAGUCGCCGGUGGUCAUCGGCCUGGUGAGUUUCGCAAGUCCUGUUAUCUGUAUGACUCGUUUCACAUUAAUAUUCCACAGGAGCCGUUAAUGCGAACUUAGCUAGCUUUACGAUGGCUCGCUGUCAAUGAAAUUGUAAUUCGGUGACAGUUAAUUCAGCUAGAGAACAUCCGUAACUUGACCCGAUACGUGACGCACCGGACAAACAAAAAAACGCCCCUGUUUCUAAAUCUAUGUGUAAAUUGUAAACUGAUACGGGCUUAAAGCUGAGGGACAAAGACAUUCCGUAGACGAGACGAGAGGGAAUCUUCUGUGAGGGCGGCGCGCAGACGGCUUUCAUCGUAUGUAAAUACGUGUCCCGCAAAAAACGUAUGGACGACCAAUAAAAACCCCGUGUGGGGAGCAGGGCCGGGCGUCGCGCGGGCGCACUCGCAGCCGCACUCUGCAGUUGCAUUCGGCCGCGCCGACGCGCGCACGCAGCCUCCACCCUCGCCCUCACUAUGCGCAUGCCCGCACCAUCCACGAUCCUAGUUUUUGCAGUAUUCCGUUAACCACUAGAACUUCGCGUGCGAUCCGUUUCCGCUCCGCCGAUCGCGUAGAUUAAGGGUUGCGGACCGCUCAAUUGUGUCAGUCGCUCUUGAGUUGCGAUUAUGAAGGCGAACGCGGUCGCUCCAGUACCAGCGGGCGGGGAGGCGAGCCCCGCGGGCCCGCCGGCCGAGGACGCCAUGAGGGGAGUCGAAGGGACACCAGAGGAACAGGAAAAAUUAGCGACAGGAAACAACAAUGGCUCCCUGGACUGCAAACUGCCGCCCCAGCAGGCCGUCCCUCGCUCCGCCUUCCAUUCCACACGAGUCUUCAUGCUGGUCUUCCUGUCCGGUUGGGUGCUGCAGGGGAUGUUCCUCACGUAUUUCGUGAGCGUGACGACAACAGUUGAGAAACUUUUUAAGAUCGAGUCGAAGACGACCGGGACGUUGCUGGCGGCGACGGAGAUCGGUCAGAUAUGUACGGCGUUGUUUUUGACGUAUCUGGCGGGGCGAGGGCACCGGCCGCGAUGGAUCGCGUGCAUGAUGCUGGUGCUGGCCGUGGGGGUGAUCGGCUGCGUGCUGCCCCACAUGAAAUACGGGACGAAACUGUUGGAUGUUCACUUAGAUUCCCACAGAGGCGGGGCAGCUCCGAUCUGUUCGAACGGAACGACGAACAAUAGCUCAUGUGACGCCGCGCACGUGCAGAGUACCGCGAACCGCGCGUCGAUGACGGCGGUGGUGAUCCCGUGGCUGUUCGUGUGCCUGCUGGUCGUGGGCGUGGGACAGACGGGCAUCGCUACGUUGGGGAUCCCCUAUGUCGACGACAACGUCGGCAGCCGACAGUCGCCACUAUACAUGGCGAUCACCAUUGGCAUCAGGGUGAUCGGACCAGCCUUGGGCUUCCUGCUAGGAGCUCUUUGCACCAGGGUUUACGUGGAUCCCCUCACCGAUCCCGGCUACGAUUCCAGUGACCCGCGAUGGGUCGGAGCUUGGUGGCUUGGGAUGGUGUUCAUAGCGGGGUUCAUCGUGAUCCUGUCGGCGCUUAUGUUCUUCUUCCCGAAGCAGAUUCGGCAGGAGCCUAUCCCUGUCAUCAGGAAGAGCAAGGAAAAGAGCAAGCCAUUCUUCAAAGAUUUCUUCGCCACAAUAAAGCGUCAGCUGACAAACGACAUCCUAAUGUGGCGGACCGCUUCAUCUGUACUCCACCUCAUGCCGAUCUCUGGGGUCUACAGCUUCCUGCCCAAGUACUUGGAGAAGCAGUUCCGAUUGCCCACGCACGACGCUAACCUAGUCUCGGGUUUGGGCGGUAUUCUAGUCAUGGGUCUGGGCAUCAUUACGUCGGGCGUGGUGAUCCUGAAGCUGGUGCCGACCGCGCGGCAGGUCGCCGCGUGGACGGCGGCUACUGCUGCCAUUUAUAGCGCCGGCAUGGUGGUGCUAAUGUUCGUAAGCUGCCCGGAAGAAAGCUACCGCGCGCUCAGCUCGGGUGUAACAGGAGCUGGCGGCAACCUGUCCUGCAGCGCGGCCUGCGCCUGCGACGGCGUCGCCUACAGCCCGGUGUGCGGCCAGGACGCCUACACGUACACAUCGCCGUGCCAAGCGGGCUGCCUGGGCAGCGUGCAGGUGGACAACAGCACAUGGCUGUACCACGGCUGCGGCUGCAUCGCCAACAACGGCACCGCGGCCAAGCCCACCAGCGCUUUUGAGCGCUACGCGCUUCUCAACGAGUCAUCCGGGUUACUCCGUGAGAUUCAGUCGGACGAGUUCAGUCUGUCCGGGUACGCGGUCACCGGCGAGUGCGGCGGCCCUUGCAAGCAAAUAUACGCGUUUAUUGCGAUAUUCGCUGCGCUCAUGUUUGUACAUGCGAGUGGAGAAGUUGGUGCGGUGCUGCUCAUUAUACGGUGUACGGAUAAACACGACAAAGCGAUGGCGAUGGGCGUGAUCCAGUUCGCGAUCGGCGUGUUCGGCAACGUGCCGUGCCCCAUCGUGUUCGGCGCCGCCAUCGACGCCGCCUGCCGCGCGCGCGACGUGCUGUGCGGCGCGCUCGGCGCCUGCGCCAACUACGACAACGACAGCUUGCGACAUUUGUUUUUGGGGUUGUCAUCGGGGCUGAUGUUCCUGGCGUUCAUCAUGGACAUGCUGGUGUGGAGUCGCGCGGGCCGCAUCGACAUGAACCCGGGCGACCGCGACCACCACCAGUCCCCCGGCGACCGCGACCACCACCAGCACCACGACCCACUACCCGUGCAGCCGCCGGAGAGCCAGCUUUGACAGCUUUACGAGUCACACUUCUAGACGGUGACAACCCUGCAAGGUAACUACCGCUGGGUUAGCGCUGUGGACGCUCCGAGUGACACUUCUAUGGCACAUCUUACGCGUUGACGGAUUUUGACUGUAGUUCUUUAGUGGAGAUUGUGACGCAUAUUGGAAGUAAUUCUUUACGCUGUGAAGUAAUUGAUCAAAGUGUACAUUGUAUUGUACGAAGAUUGUCAAUUCGAAUGGUUUUUGUUAUCUAGAAGUUGUUUAGACGUACUAGGAUCGGUCGAGGAAUUUGAUGUAUGUGCCACUUCAAUAUACACACACAGAUUCAAUAAUACUAUAAAAUCAUAUUGAUUGUCUCUGAGACUAGGACACGAAGCGGCAUAGAAAUCAAAUAGCUUGAAUGUACGUAUCUACCUAAACGACAAGUUAUACUAAAUUAUGACUAAAUUACGAUUGUGUUUUUGACCUAGAAAGUUUUGAAAUCGAACGAGAAAAGCCCGAACCGAGGUUUUUAAAAGGGUGGGUUAUGAAACUACAAUAUGAAAUAAUAUUGUUAUAUUUUUCAGCUGGCAUCACUGACCAGUUAAACAAUUAUAAAUUUAGAUCAAAUUUAAAUAAAAUAGGUCUGCAUUUUUUUCUGUUAUAUUUGUGCAUUUUAUACACUAGUUACAUUUUAUGAAAUAAGUAUUUCUGCUCAAUUUUAUACAAGAAACAGUGAAUCGAGCAUAAUAUUUUUCAACUGUAAAUAUAUGUAAUGAAUGAAAUGAACUGGGAUCAAAUGUAAGCUUAAAUCAAUAUUUGUAUAUAAUAAUACUUCUUGAGGAUUUUUCCGUGAAAAUUUGAAAAAGUGGGCAAUGAUUGUCGAAGAAUCCCAAGUGCUGUACAAUUAAUGCGCGAACGACAAACUUAUCAUAAUAGCCGGUGCCCGUGGAACUGUAUACACAAACCCCCCUAUUUAUAAACGCGUUACAAACCUCAAUUAGCUAAUAAUCGUUUGUCUUUAUCUGUCAUUUUGACUUAUGUAUUUGUAAGAAAGGGAUAUAACAUAAUGUAACUAAAUCAGGCCUGUAAAGUUUUAUGAAUGAGGGGGAAAGCCAUCAACGUGUAAUUUCUUUUCUUCUAUAGAACAAUGGAGGCAAGUCAGCAUUCAACUUUGACCUUGACCUUCGAAAAGUUGGGUCAGAAAGAACUCAACAUGAAUAUUGUCAUAAAUGUACCUACUCGUUCGUUUGCCUUUUCAGCUUGAUUGAACCUUAGGAGUUUAGAGUGGAUCUCCUCUAUAAUUUUAUCCAGUUAUUAUGUUAAAGUCUAUUGACCCGAUUCGAACUUUAAGAUAUGUCAAUUAAUAGAUCUAGAAACGAUAUGGAUUAGAUAUGUCACUUUUGAGACUGACGCAUCUAAUCCUACUAUAUCGUUUCUAGAAUCUAUUAAUUGACGUAUGUCAAAGUUCGAAUCGGGUAGUGUGAUUUUUGACACAAUUUGACGUACUUAGUAACUUACAUACCUAUAUUAUAUAUUUAAUGCCCGAAACUGAUAAAUUUGUCGCUCGAUUAAUUGUUUCUACAUCACCUUUUAAUGCUGUGAACAUAUUUAUAGCUAUCAAUCACAUAUGUCUGGGACUGAGUUUGUUGUAAAGCUGGGCUCAUACUAUCCGUUAAAUAUUUAACAUUUUUCUUUGGCAUAUAAUUACGAUAUUAAAUAAAUCGAUGUUAUAGUAUGAUUGCAGCUUUAUUUUAUUAUUAUUACGUUUAUUGCGAAUUAUAUGGCUAGUGAUUAGACUUUACUUUAGUUAAGUGCAAGUUUUUUUUUACAAAUUACUUAUAAAUUGUAAAUACAUCAAUUGAACAAUUAUAAUCACAUAAUAAUAAAGUUAGCUUAAAUUAUAAGCUCUAUGUUUAGUAUAAGUCUGUUGUCUAUUUUAAAACCACUUUAAUGUAAUUCUACUUCUUUUAUCGUAUUAUAAUAAACUUUUAACAUCAGGAAGCUAUGGCGAUGCGAAUGUUAGCAAAUACAUCAGAACCAAAAAAAAUAUAUACAUUUGUACGCAAACAUACAUAGCUAGUGUAGGUACACGACAUUUGUUACGAAUCAAACUACCUACUGGGUAUAUUUGGGCUCGAUGUGGUAUAUAAUAUAAAACGUAUUCGAGUAGUAUGCUUAAAGUCACUUAUUAUUCUGGCUAAAAUGGUGAUUUUACCUCAUAAACACCAUACCAAUUAGGCAAUAUGAAUAAAUAGAUACAUUAACCUUUUGGACGCCAAUGACGGAUAUAUCGGCACCGCAGGUCCAACGCCAAAGACAGAUAAACCGUCACGGACCACAGAGCAACAUAGACCUACGUGCAUAUGCAUAAAGUUCAAUUUCAGUUUUGACACUUCGGUGACGUGGCGUCCGAGUGACAGCUUUUGUGUUUGACACGGCGUCGAAAAGGUUCAAAAAUUUAUGCGUAGCAAAAUGAAAUAGAAUAAAGACUAUUAGGAAUGAAGACUUUAAAGUAAACCCUGAUCUGGUUUUUUGCUUCAAAACAGCAAUGGACCAUAGCUUCCCAAGAAAAUAAUUAUAUUUCUUUUAAUAAGGCUGGGUCGCGUGUAAACUUCUUAAUAUAUUAGGAUAACUGGACGGGAUGGAUGUCGCCUCUACUUGAAGCCAGAAACUUAGAUCUGUGAUCGUUUAAAACAUAAUAAUUGUCUACUUAUUUUCGCGUAUACAUAUAUUUAUACUCGGUCCGUCUCGGGUUUAGCUUGCUUGUGCAAUACGUUUUUGUAAGCAUAUUGAUGUUAGAUUAGUAUUUGUCGGGACUGUCGUAAUAUAAAUAUGAUGUUUUUGGAAUAUUUAGUGCGCAAUUUUACAUUGUUAUAAUAUAUUGAUUUGUACAUUUUUCGGAAGGUAUUUGCUACCUAUAUUUAUAUUUAAUAAAGAAUAACAAAAGACGAUGAUAAACAAAACUUUUGUUUUUGAUCUUUGUUCUGAGGUUUAUAUGUUGGCAAAGAAAAAAAAAAUGUAUUAAAAUUUUAGCAAUCACACAAUUUUCGACGUGUGCAUUACGGUCGGUGCAAUUUUGCUUUAUACAAAUUUUAGUUAAAUUAUGUAAAAAUGCGUAUUUAUUAUAUAUAUUAUCUUGAUCUACUUAUUAACUUUUAUAUUUAUAAUAUUUAAUAAAUAUAGCUAGUUAAAUGUUUUCUGUACAUUAUUGUAAUAUUUUAGUUGCCAUACUAUAAUAAAAACGGACUACACAGUAUAUCGGCCAGUUACAAGUACAUACACAUUUACAGAAAUAUAUAUUUAAAUUCUAAAUAUUAUACCUAUCUAAAUUCUUAGAGAACCUUUGCUCUGAUAUACAAAUUAUUUAGAUCGAAAAAUAAUUUUUAGCUUGAUAAUUUUUAACGAUCAACACGCAUUAAUCUAAGUGAAUUAGUGAACAACCAGUGUGUAGAAAAUAGACAACUUGUAUACUUUGUUUUUAAAUUAAAAUAAAUAUUAAAUAUAAUUAAUUGGAAACAUACAUAAUAUGGACCUAAAUUGCAUUGACGACACGGUUUUUCAAGCAUUUGAGCUACAAGCUGAGAUUACAAGGCUAAAAAUGUUAAAAAAGUACAUAACUAUCCCUUGUAUUUUUAGUACAUAUUUGACUAUCGACCGCGAGAGUUAUGAAAAUGGUAUGACACGGAAAUAUAAUAUAUUAAUAGGUCACUUUUUUCUUGUGUUUCACGUGUCUAUGUCACUCAGCCAACGCGGAUAGCUCUCGAGCAUGUCAAGCAAUUUCGACUAAUCGUGAGUGACCCAUUAAAUAUAUUAUUAAACGAGUCACUCACGAAAUUUAAGUCUAAAAUUGGUAGAUCCGUGAUUGCUGAUUGAGUGACCCGUUUGUCACGUAUUUAAUAUGUCCAUGUCUCACGAGAGUGACCGGUUUUAAUACAUUUAAUAUGUGUAUGUAAAAUUUAUCCGAUUUGGUGUUCAAUGUAUAUUUGUAUAUGUAGUCGCAUAACAGUGUUGUGUUCCGCAGUAGCAGCUUUUCUAAGGCGGUCGACACAUUGUGUCGUCACAUGUCGCUUAAAUAGGUGUGAGAGCGGGACAUGGCUAUAUUUCCAUAGCGCUGUCUCGCUCACACACAUCCGCAUCAGUGUGAUAACCGCCACAUUGCUAGAUGUCCGUGCCGAUGGUUCCUAGUCUACGUUUAGUUUUAGUUAUUAAUACCUCUGGAUUGUACAUACACAAUGGCAGUGCCGAGACAGCAAUUUAGGACAUGUAUAGGAACUUUUUGAUUUCUUUGGUCGGUAGGUUUUAUAGUAAAAUCUGGGACAAAUGUUUCGACAGACUUUCAACACUUGAGUGUUAUAAUCUACUUAAAAUUAUAGAUAUAAACAAGACUUUUGUUAAUUUAAUAAAGACGUUUUGUAAAGUUUUUUUAAAUUUCUCAUCGUUAUUUAAAUUUUAUAUUCGUAAAGUACAUAUGUCAGCAUGAGAAAGAAUGCUAAUAAUAAACUCUGACAGAAAAAAUCUGUAUUUUGUCUUGAAUAACAAUAAUAGGUAAAUAAGUAAAUUGGCAGGUAUCUCGUUUCAGUGAUUCGGCUAUAAUAUUACUAUUUAAAUAUUCUUCGUUUUAACGAAAUAAGUAGAUUUAAAAUUGUACCAAAAACGCACAUUUUGUGAGGAUUUAUGUACGAAGCCGUACCGAAACUGAUUCAUUGAAAAACUUAGGGCGUUACUGCUGCACGUAAUAGUCUCAGGGGUCUCCAAACUACGGCCCGCGAGCCCUUACUUUUAGCCCGGCAAUGAAGCGAGUUGAAUGCUUAGUCGUGGCUCUCGGUUCAAAACGCUUUGAAGACCGCGAAAAUUGAAGUUGCGUUAUCUGCUUCUAUCACUCUUGAUUCUUGCAUAUUCGAGCGAUAGAGAGGCAGAUAACGAAAUAUCGAUUUUCGCGGUAUUUGUUGCGCAUUGUUGUAUUUUGUAUUAUGAUUUUACAUUUUGCUCCCGUUUUUAAACUAGCGUAAAUAUGUCGGAACGAUUUUUAGCGCCGUCUUUUUACCCCAAAAACUGCGUAAGCCUAAUUGCUACGAGAUAAGAUUGAUUUUCACAUGUUUUGUAUUAUUACGCUUUGCAGCAUUAACGCCCAAGAUUUUAUAAAUUAAAAUACAAAGUCCGUCUGUAAAUGAUCCGGUGAAACUGUUUACGUAAUAUAUUGUAUUUAGGUAACUAUAGAUUUGUUACUGUGACGACUGUCACGUAUUUUUUAAUUAUUUGUAAAUAAAAAAUAUUGAGAGAC